AAGUCAGGGGACGGAAGGGGAAGCGAUAAAGCACAGUGCAGGCGUUUAGUUGUAUCAGCCGGGGAACGUAAUAACUUGAUGCUGUGAUUGUUUUCACCAAUUAAUUUCGCGAUAGUUCCCCUUUAAGGAGUCUAGUGACGUCACGGUCUGGCCUGCCUUCCUUGUUGUCUCGGUUCUUCCGGCUACAUAGGAUGCGAGAGAAAGAGUGAGCAGACAAAUUCGUAGGGGCUGCUGCUCGCACAGACAGUCUUAUAUAUGGCGGGUUAGCGGAAGCACCAGACCGGGACCUCGACAAGCAUCAGAGGGGAGAGCUUGAGAGGAAGGGAGAGCUAAAGAGGAAGCUCAGUUGCUAGGACUAAAGAGAGCAAAUCAGCUCCGUGUUAGUGAAGUCUUGUGAUUUGUGCCUGACUGGCUCAGACCCUACUGCCCAGAUGGCCAGCUCCAGUAUUGGUGACUCAUUUUUUACAGCCUGGUGAUUGCGUAAGGUACAGUGUGAAGUUCUGCUGAUGUUGGAAGGUGCAUGGGGCAGCAGGAGCUCUGCAGUCCUCCUCAGAUUUCUUUUGGGAAAUGCCUGUAUUUGGUGUCCUGCUGUUGAUAUGGCCCAUUGGACUGUCACUUGGAGGUAACACAUACUUGCAAGACAAGACGAUUGUGCAGAAGAGUGCAGAUUUCAAUAAGGAAUACAACGACUCUGUCAAUGCCGAACAACAAAAUAUAUAUGCUUUCAACCACACAAUGCUUAGGAAUAAGACAGAUGGAGUCAGAGUUUCUGUCAAUGUACUGUCUGAUCAGAAGGCAACACCGCUACUAUUUGUGGUUAGACAAAAGGAGGCUGUGGUGUCCUUCCAGGUGCCAUUGGCGCUAAGGGGCCAGUACCAGCGUAAUUACUUGUAUCAAGAUGUUGGACGUACAUUAUGCCAGCCACCAACAAGAGCAGAAGCUGAAACGGAGUCAUUCUAUGUGGAUGUUUCCACCUUGGCAGAGAAGAAUACUACAUACCGCCUACGUGUCACACAUGUAGAGAACUUUGUUCUUCAGACAGAUGGACCAUUCAAUUUUAACGCAACUCCUGCUCAGCCACAGUAUUUUAAGUACCUCUUUCCUGAGGGGGUGGAUUCUGUGAUUGUGAAAGUCUCCUCUUCCAGUGCAUUUCCCUGUUCUGUCAUCUCUGUCCAAGAUAUUCAGUGUCCUGUUUAUGACCUUGAUAAUAAUGUGGCCUUCAUUGGGAUGUAUCAAACAAUGACGAAAAAAGCAGCAAUCACUGUGCAGCGGAAGGAUUUUUCCAGUGGUGGUUUCUAUGUUGUGGUUGUUGUGAAAACUGAAGAUGAGGCCUGUGGCGGGGCUCUGCCUUUAUUUCCCUUACACCAAGAUAUUCCUGUUGAUCAUUUGAGCCGUCAGAAGAAUCUCGAAGUCUUGGUCAGCCCAGCAAUAAACAGAAAUAUCUAUGUUGCUGGCAUGCUCUUCUGUUUAGGUGUAUUUUUGUCUUUCUACCUGGUGGCUAUGUUCAUAUCCUGCUGGGAGCAAUAUCGAAAAAAGAAGAAAUCGGAAAACCCUUUUUUGAAUUCAGCAUCAUCAUUGAAUGAUGAAACAGCCUCACUACUUGGGAAGCCCCCCAUGUGUCCUAAAUAUGAUGCCUGUGGCUAUGGUUCAAUAGCAGCUCAACAUAGCAGUUCUGUUCCUAGCCCUGAGGAUUGUACUGACAGUUUGGUCUCUUCUGGUGAAGCCUCAUAUAGUUAUACAGGUCUGGAGCAAUUCAAACGCCGCUCCCUGUGCUACACCCAGCAGCCUCUGAGCUCAUCCUUUGACCGGUCCCUGGAGAACCUUGUAUCACGCAAUCGGCUUGAGUCACUUAGCUCUGUGGAAGAGGACGAUUAUGAUACACUGACAGAUAUUGAGUCUGAUAAAAAUGUGAUAAGGACUAAGAAGUAUCUUUGUGUUUCUGAUUUGGCACGGAAAGACAAACGCGUUAUGCGGAAAAAGUACCAAAUCUACUUCUGGAAUAUCUCCACAAUAGCAGUGUUUUAUGCACUGCCUGUCGUACAGCUUGUUAUCACCUACCAGACAGUGGUGAAUGUGACUGGAAACCAAGACAUCUGCUACUAUAACUUCCUCUGUGCUCAUCCCCUGGGUUCUUUAAGUGCCUUCAACAACAUCCUAAGUAACUUGGGCUAUGUGAUGCUUGGACUUCUCUUUCUUGUCAUUGUGCUGCAGAGAGAACUCAGUCAUAACCACAACCGCAUGAAUAUUAGGGGUCGCCUUCAGGAAUGUGGGAUUCCCAAACAUUUUGGUUUGUUUUAUGCUAUGGGUACUGCACUGAUGAUGGAAGGCCUUCUUAGCGCCUGUUACCAUGUGUGUCCGAACUACACAAACUUUCAGUUUGACACUUCCUUCAUGUACAUGAUUGCUGGCCUGUGUAUGCUGAAACUGUACCAGAAGAGACACCCUGAUAUUAAUGCAAGCGCCUACAGUGCAUACGCCUGCCUAGCUAUUGUUAUCUUCUUCUCUGUAAUUGGUGUGGUUUUCGGGAACGGGAACACAAUUUUCUGGAUUGUAUUCUCUGUGAUUCAUAUUUUAUUCACGCUUCUCCUGAGUACCCAACUCUAUUAUAUGGGGCGUUGGAGACUAGACUCUGGAAUUUUACGACGUAUUUUUCACGUUCUAUACACUGACUGUUUGAGACAAUGCAGCCCUCCCAUGUAUGUGGACCGCAUGGUUCUACUUGUCAUGGGAAACAUUGUAAACUGGUCCUUGGCAGCCUAUGGACUCCUUGUCAGACCUAAAGAUUUUGCUUCCUAUCUCCUUGCUAUUGGAAUCUGUAACUUGUUGCUGUACUUUGCAUUCUACAUAAUCAUGAAGCUGCGCAGCGGGGAACGCAUACUCCUAAUCCCACUUCUUUGCAUCUCCUGCACCUCUGUGGUUUGGGGAUUCGCCCUGUUCUUCUUUUUCCAAGGACUUAGCACCUGGCAGAAAACUCCUGCUGAAUCCAGAGAACACAACAGAAAUUGCAUUUUGCUUGGUUUCUUUGACGAUCAUGAUAUUUGGCACUUCUUGUCAUCUAUUGCAAUGUUUGGCUCUUUCCUGGUACUGCUCUUUCUAGAUGACGACUUGGAUACUGUACAGAGAGAUAAGAUCUAUGUAUUCUGAGUCCUGCUUCUACAUAGUUGAAUGUUAUUUAUUAAAACAUAAUGGAAAAGAAAUAUCAUUAGUACAGUACUAUUUGGUACUACAUUGGAGGGCUCUGCUCUGCUCCUUUUUGGACCUGCAGAAAAAAAGGUGGGAUGGAUAAUCUCCAAACACAUUGCAAACGCAAAGAGAAGAAGAGACUUUGCUCUCUGUGAAACUACUGAAAGAUGAAGAUAUUAUGUCCGUCCCGGCAGCAAAUGCAAGAAAUAACUGCAUCACUGAGGAUGUUGUUUAUUCUUUUGAUGAUGGUGAUCAAACUGCACUUUAUUGCUCUAUAGGCCAGUUUUCAAUAUGUGUGUGAAGCCAUCGCUGUGGUCCACUUGCUGCUUCUGCACCUUUGUGGACCACAAGGUGUCACUGUUUUUUCUUCUUGAUGCCAAAAGGAAUCAGCACAUUUUUUGUUUUUUAAUAGCUAGUUCUUAACACAUUGUAAUCCUUAUUUUGUGACAUCAUGUGAUUUAUUUAAUGCGUUGAGUCAGCUACCCAUGCAUUGGAUUAAUUUUUUGUUUUUAAAAAAAAGAAUAUGGCUGACCCAAACAUCUUUUUAUAGUUCUCAGAAUCAAUCAGAACCGCAUAUUAUGGAAUAUCUUUCAAGUAUGAAGCCAGAGAGGUGCCACCUCUGAAAACUGGCCUAUUGCUUGUAUUCAUUUUUAACUAGAGUAUCUGGAACAGUGCAAUUAAGGGGCUGCUGUUUGUUGUAUGCCAACUGAUCCCAACAAAUUCAUUGCCAUGGUGAUUCCCUUACUGGUACUAUGUGUAUAGGUUGGAUCUGUUUUUGGGCAGAACCAUUACAAAAACGUGCCAUCUUUCCCUCUUUGGCUGUGUCCCAUGUUUUACACCUGCUUUUAUUUCUUGUUUGUUUUAUACUUCUGAGAUUUAAAAAUAUAUAUAUAUAUAUACAAACAAA